AUGGAUGAGGGUCUGAUCCGCGAAAUCCGAGUUAACGGGAUGAAGCAAGCCCAAGAGGAAGAUGUCUGGAUCGCCGGCAUGAAGAAGUAUCUGAGUGGCUCGAUCUCGGAUCUCACUCAAGCGGAAGCAAGAUCGUAUGGCAAGAUCGCAGCUGACUACGAGGUCGACGAGCAGGAUCUACUCUUUUACUGA